GUCUGUGAGCGCUCUGGAUUUUACUCCGUUGCACUUUUUGCAGGACUGCUUUUUUUUGCCACCUAGAGACAUUAUUGAGGGAAAUGCAAGUGAGGCAAAUCCGGCUGAUUGACAGCGAGAGGAUCUGAAGGUGGAGAGGACAGGUGGAGCAACUUUAACAACGUAAUUACUUCUAACAGGGCCGGACGCUCGAUGCAUCUCUCUCUGGACACCAUGAUGGUGGACGACAGCUGCCUCUCACCCAGCAACUUCCACGAUCUAGGGAAAGGUGGGGGGCUCUCUGUGGGGGGCCGCGUCCACAGCAUCGACGUCAUCCUGGGGUUCAGUAAGGACCAGGACCCCCUGCUCAGCCCUUCAGGGACCCCGCGGACCCACAAAGUGGACAUCGAGGGUCUGGGGGAGCCCCAGGGGCCCCAGGAAAACUCCUCCUUCAGCGGGCAUCUCUCCUCGCUGAGGAACGGAGGCACGGAGGAGUACCAUGAUACCGGCUUAUUUACCAACAAGUGUGAUGAAGAGCUAAGUGAGCUGAGGAAGAGUGUGGAGAGUGACGAGGGAAAUUCUCCAGACCCCUGCAUGGACGAACAGCCGAAGAAGAAGCACCGGAGGAACCGAACCACCUUCACCACCUACCAGCUGCACGAGCUGGAGCGAGCCUUCGAGAAAUCCCAUUACCCCGACGUCUACAGCCGCGAAGAGCUGGCCAUGAAGGUCAACCUCCCCGAGGUCCGAGUGCAGGUGUGGUUCCAGAACCGCAGAGCAAAAUGGCGUCGUCAGGAGAAAAUGGACGCCAGCACCAUGAAGCUGCACGACUCGCCCAUGCUCUCCUUCAACCGCCAGCCCCAGCUCCACAGCGGCAUGGGCCCCAUGAGCAGCUCCCUGCCCCUGGACCCCUGGCUCUCCUCCCCCCUGACCAGUGCCACGCCGGUGCACAGCAUGCCGGGCUUCAUGGGUCCAGCUCAGGGCCUUCAGCCUAACUACCCGACCCACAGCUUCCUCAACUCCGCUCCUCACCCUCACUCCCAUCCUCACCCGUCCAUGGGUCAGGGGAUGCAGAACAUGGCGCCUCCCCCUUACCAGUGCACAGCGCAGUACCAGGAUAAAUACCCUCUGGAGGACGUGGACCAGCGCAGCUCCAGCAUCGCGGUUCUGAGGAUGAAAGCCAAGGAGCAUCUGCAGUCCAUGGACAAGACCUGGCACCCCAUGUGACUAACAAGUUAGGAAGGGAGACAUUAAGGUUGUUUUUUUCGGGUUAAAGGGUGAAAGACAUUGAGUCAAAUACUGGAUAAUAUGGCAGUGACUUAUCUGAUACCCACAGAGCAAAAAAUAAAGGACUUUGAACUGUGAAACCUGAGGAUUAAAGGACUUUCUUUGGACUAUUUGUCCUCAUCUCAAGGAGACAAGUGAACUCUUAUGCUUGUUACAAUGUUAUUUUUCACAUUCUUCUUCCAAUAUGAACGUUUUGGGUGUUUCCUUUGCGUGAAAUAAACGCAAUAACUUUAUUUGGUGACUUUUAGACCCUGGGAGUGAGGACAUUUCCUUUCCUAUCAGCACACCUCCCAUCGGAUGAAUGCAUACUUUCAUCGACAAUCACAAACAGAUAUUGUCAUGAUAUGAAAUCUCCAUAGACAGGGAAUCAUGAAAAUCACCCAAAUAUGGGAAUUAUACUUGCUCUCACCUCUUUUCCGUUAGUUCUGUCGGUAAUCCCACAUUCUGUUUUAUUUCCCCAUUUUCUUUUUACUAAUUAAUCCAAUUGUUUAAUUUUCAUGGGUCAGCUGAUCAGAGAAUACUUUGUGAAUGAAAGUGUGGUCUCACUUUAAUGCGAGAGCAGCUUUUAAAAAAUCAAAUCAGCGUCUCUGACUGUUAAACUAAUCUGUUGAUUAAAUUCCUAAUUAAAGCACGGCUGCAGAUUAAUGAUGCAGUUUAGACAACCCGGAGGAAGAUGGCAGACGAGGAAAAUCUUUCUGUACAAUAUUCGUGGGAACCAGAAUCAGAGAUGUGAGGCACCUUUUGACCAUGCCUGAGAAGAUACCAAAAAAAUAAUCCUGCACAAUCUUAGUUUUUCUGAUUAGAUGCUUUAAAGCAGGAAAUGCACGCAUGCUGCAGAGCGGGGUUCAACACAGUUUUUGCUUGAGUGGCUUCUUGAGGAGAAGACCUGUUGGCAGCUCAGUGUUGGUGCAGUGUGUACGUGCAGGGCUGCAGAAAGAGCGCUGUGUGAUGCGUCACCCCACAUAGUUCAGUCUUUGUCCGGCACAAUUGAUCCAAGUGUGUCCUCUUUGUCUGAGAUGGACGGGGCCGAGGGGACGGUCUGCACUAAAUAGGCCCUUGAAACCAUUUUGUCUUUCUUUCUCAAUCAAAGGAGGAACAUGGGUCGUAGCUGCUAUGGUCAUUAGUGACACAGUGUUGUUAUUAUUUUCCUCUCCCCCCCCCCCCCGUCUGUUAAUUGAAUGUGUGUCAUAUGAGCAGUAGAGCUACAUCUAUUAAUGAGACUUUUUAACGUCUGCAGGUAGCAUCUCACGUUACAGGAACAAGAGGGAGAGGAAAUCCUUCAUCUUAAAGUGCAAUUUCAGACAUAUUUUUAUAUCAUUUUAAUACAAAUUUCCCCCCAAACUUUGUGAUAUUUCAUCUUUAUAUGAAGUCAUGCACACACACUCACUACAGCAGCAAUUA